GGGCAACGCCGGGGAUCCCUCCAGGCUGGGGCUGAACAGAUGGAGCAGCCCUGGGAGAAGGACCUGGGGGUGCUGCUGGGCAGGAGGCCGGACAUGCCCCAUCCCAGCCCCCCCCGUGUACUGGGCUGAGCCCCCAGCGUGGGCAGCAGGGGAGGGGAGGAUUCUGCCUCUCUGCUCUGCCCCGUCAGACAUCACCUCAAUUUUGUGGUUUUCCCUUUGCUUGUGCGACUUUCGUUUUUGCUUUUUCUUCUGCCGAGUUGUCUCAACCCACCGGACACAGACAGGGGCAGAGGGGAUUUGCUGGGGGGUUCCUGCCCAUCCCUGGACUCAGAGGGGGCAGCGGCUGCUCCUGGUGCUGUGGGGGGACAGUAAAAUUCCCUGGGAGCAGGAAGGAGGGUCUGGACCCAGGCCCAACCAUCCCGGCUAUAAAAAGCCGGAGCAGCCCCGUGUCCCCUGUGCAGGAGCUCAGGGGGGGCCGGGAGCAGCACCCAGAGCCCACACCCAGCGCAGGGCACAGUCCCUCCCAGAGGAAGCGGCCGCGGCCCCGCCUGCGUCCUCCCAGUGUCUGGGGGUCCCUGGAGAGUCUCUGCCCACCAUGGAGCUCCUGCUGCUGCUGCUGCUGGCCACCACUCUGGCCACUGGCAUUGAGGAGCUGGCACUGGACAUGGCUCCCAACUCCUUCGAUGACCAGUACCGGGGCUGCCGGGACGAGAUGCUGCAGAAGCUGCCGAGGCUCAACCGCUCCGAGUUCAGCACCAACCGUGUCUACGCCAAGGUUUGGGCCGAGGCCAGCACCCAGUGGCACAGCCGCCCGUUCCCGGGGUGCCACCUGCAGCCAGGACAGGCCAUCGCCCUCCUGGCCUACUCCAUGAAGGGCCUGCACCGUCAGUUCAACGCCGCCGUGCGCGUGGCCGGGCGCUCCCGCCACCUUUACCUGCGCAGCUUCCCCUUCAAGGUGCUGCAUUUCCUGCUGACCACGGCCCUGGAGGACCUGCGGGGUGCCCAGACCCACCCCCGCUGCCUCCACGUGUUCCGGGGGGUCCGAGGGGUCCGGUUCAUUGCCCAGCCCGGCGACGUCGUCCGCUUUGGCCAGUUCACCUCCUCCUCCCUCAGCAGAGGGGUGAUCAAGAGGUUCGGCACCGACACAACGUUCGAGGUGCUCACCUGCCACGGCGCCAACAUCCGGGGCUGCUCCGACCACCCGAAGGAGGAGGAAGUCCUCAUCCCGCCCUUCGAGACCUUUCUUGUCACCAGUGUCACCCACCAAGGGGCCAAACCCCACAUCCAGCUCCGCUCCCUCGGCGUGCACAGCAAACACAACUGUGUCUAUGCCUCAGGCAGGACCAUCCCCAGGGGCCACCAAACCUCAGGGGGCUCCCCCUGAAAGCCCUGGAAGUGGCUGCUGGUACCCCCUGAGCCACAAGGACACCGCUGUCACCUCUGCCACCUCUGCCACCUCUGCCACCUCUGCCACCUCUGCCACCUCUGCCACCACUGCCACCUCUGCCCCCGUGCCCGGCCCAGCCGAGGGCUCAGAACGGAGCCCCCGGUGUCCCCAGGACGGGCCGGGGGGCACGGGGACCCCCCGCUGCAGGGGGACACUGCACAAGCCCCGGGGACGCCCUCCCUGAGCCAUGGCUGGGGGGUUGGGGGGCAGCUGAGGGGGGGCACA